CGCAGACGUUUCCCAGAUCAAGCGUGCUCGCAACCGUAGGGGGCGAUUACGAUUGUGUCCUUUCGGACCAAGGGUGCGCUGUUGGAAAUUUGAAGUCGCCAACCAGUCAUAACCUCUUAACCGAAAGUCGUGCCCGGUGCAAAGAUGGGUCGGUUUACUGCGGCCUUGGCCGUUGCGAGUUUGGUCGUCCUGGCUUGCGGCCUCCAUGUCGCUGAUGCCAAGGCGCCAUGUCCCUGCGCACCUGGGACGAAGCGCUGCUGUAAGGACGGUCCGUGCGUCAAGUGCUGCAAGGAUUGCGACUGUGGCCCUGGGAAGAAGUGCGUCAAGGGCGAGUGUCAGCCGUCGUGCGGUUGCCCCCCUGGACUGAAGCGCUGCUGCAAGGACGGUCCGUGCGUGAAGUGCUGCAAGGACUGCGACUGUGGCCCCGGGAAGAAGUGCGUCAGGGGAGAGUGCAAGCCCCCGUGCUGCCCCCCCGGACUGAAGCGCUGCUGUAAGGACGGCCCCUGCGUGAAGUGCUGCAAGGAUUGCGAGUGUCCCAAGGGGCACAAGUGCGUCAACGGACAGUGCAAGUCCCCGUGCGGCUGCCCGACUGGGCUGAAGCGCUGCUGCAAGGACGGUCCCUGCGUGAAGUGCUGCAAGGACUGCGAUUGUCCCAAGGGGCAGAAGUGCGUCAACGGACAGUGCAAGGUCCCGUGCGGCUGCCCGCCCGGACUGAAGCGCUGCUGUAAGGGCGGCCCCUGCGUCAAGUGCUGCAAGCAUUGCGAUUGUCCCAAGGGGCAGAAGUGCGUCAACGGACAGUGCAAACUUCCGUGCUGCCCCAAGGGACAGAAGCGCUGCGUGCCCCGUGGUCCGUGCCAGAAGUGCUGCAAGGAUUGUGAGUGUCCCGCCGGGGAGAAGUGUGUCCUGGGAGAGUGCGAGCGCCCUUGCGCAACCGCAACGGUCACACCUCUCGGGAAGUGGCAUUCGCAAACUCAGAUCUAUGGAUUGUUGGGGAAGGGUAGUCGGAUGAACGUGCGGGAGAGGUGGCAGAAAGCGGCUCCACUCUCGAUCUCCGGUGGGGAGUCAAGUGUCAUGGAUGAUGCGAUGUACGCGAGGGAAGCAAUAAUCUUGGUGAAGGAGGGAGGCGAGUUCCGCGUUGCGGGUCUUGUGGAGGCGGGCGGUAGCGAAGAAGAUGGCGCAUGUGAUGAAGGAAUAAAAGGAGAUCGCAGACGUUUCCCAGAUCAAGCGUGCGCUCGCAACCGUACGGGGGAGCGAUUACGAUUGUGUCCUUUCGGAGCAAGGGUGCACUGUUGGAAAUUUGAAGUCGCCAACGCACCAUAACCUCUUAAGCGAAAGCCGUGCCGGGCGCAAAGAUGGGUCGGUUUACUGCGGCCUUGGCCGUU